CGCGCUCUUCUUCCGCUCUCUUUGGUGAGCUGCGCAAGCUUUUCCCCCGCCCGGAUGGAGUUGUGUUCCGGUACGCUUGCGCAAAGCCUGGCGUUCUGUCUGGUUCCGUUUCCGGUGUCGACCAGAGUGACUCCAGUUCCUAGUAGUUGGACGUCACGGUUGGUGGGCCGCAACUUGCAAGAUGCUGCGGAAUCUGCUGGCUCUCCGACAGAUUGCCCAGAGGACCAUCAGCACUGCUUCACGCAGGCAUUUUGAAAAUAAAGUUCCACAGAAACAAAAGCUGUUUCAGGAGGACGAUGGGAUUCCAGUGCAUCUGAAGGGCGGGGUAGCGGAUGCCCUCUUGUAUAGAGCCACUAUGUUUCUUACAGUUGGUGGAACUGCAUAUGCCAUAUAUGAGUUGGCUAUGGCAUCAUUUCCCAAGAAGCCGGAAUGACUUCAGUCAAACCAGCAAUCACGUGGCUCAGUUUCAUUCAGCUCUCUGGACCAGUAAUGUUAUAAAUAACUGAGCUCUUCUUUGAGGAUCAAUAUUUAUUGAGUUGUACUAACUGCCACCAAUAAAGCAGUCUUUACCAUU